AUGGAGCACAUGAGCCCCGGUACCGACGCUCACCAGCAGAGGGCGCGCUCACCCGACAACGUUGGCAGCCGCCAAGGAUUUAACCGGGCCCGGGGGGCGGUGGUGGUGGUGGUGGUGUGGGGGGGAGCAUCCCGGCUCAGCCUCCGCGGGUGGGCGGUGCUGAGCCCGGCCCCCCGCCCCCCUGCCUGCUGCCGUCCGCCUGCGCCUCUGCCGGCACACGCCCGCGCGCCCUGCCGCUGCCCGCCGCUUUCCUGCGUCCUGCUCGGCCUGGCCAUGGACACCAGCCCCGCGCUGCCCGCCUUCCUGUUGUGCAGCGCGCUGCUGCUCAUUAAGAUGUACGUGGUGGCCGUGAUCACCGGGCAAGUGCGGCUGCGGAAAAAGGCUUUCGCCAACCCCGAGGAUGCGCUGAGGCACGGAGGCCCCCAGUAUUGCAGGAGCGACCCGGAUGUGGAGCGGUGCCUCCGAGCCCACCGGAACGACAUGGAGACCAUCUACCCGUUCCUCUUCCUGGGCCUCGUCUACUCCUUCCUGGGCCCGGACCCGGUGGUGGCCCGACUGCACUUCCUGAUCUUCUUCCUGGGCCGCCUGGCGCACACCGUGGCCUACCUGGGCAAGCUGCGCGCGCCCACCCGCUCGCUGGCCUACGUGCUGGCCCAGCUGCCCUGCGCCUCCAUGGCCCUGCAGGUCGCCUGGGAAGCCGCCCGCCACCUGUGA